CGUACACGACCCGACCCGACUUGACCCACACGUUGACCAUGGACGGUCCUUUGGAAGCCUGUCGUGAUCGUACACAACGCUCGAUCGAACGCAGCGUCCAUGAAGGAAAUGUUCGAUACGAACGUGACGAAAACUAUCCCCCCUCUCGGCAACACUACCGAUCAACAAACCAGCACGGCCGUCACGAAGAGCGGACCGAAAUCUUUCACCCUUCCAAGCGUCGACAAACUAGUGAGGGACAUCGGCGUGAUCAUCAACGCCAUGGAGAUUUUCACGAUCAUCGCCGGGAAAUUGAGCCUCGGCCGCCAAACCAUCGCACGGGACAUACCUUACCGCGAAUUGCACCAUGGUCGUAGCCUUCAGCACAAGACGUCAAGCUCCUGUCGUCCCUCCGACAUAAAGGGGGACCGUCACAAAAGGUACUACGUCAAGGAAGUUCCCAAGGACGAACGCUUGCCGGAUAUCGUGGGACCGGAUCCACGGGGUGACGAUCCUAACCGGCGAGUCACGAGGAAGGCUACCAACCGUGUUGCCGGGCGCAAUACGGAAUCGUUCGACCCCGCGUCGACCUUGGUUCGCCCGGAGCUACGCAUUCUAGUCGGGUCGCCGCAGAUGGAUGUCUAUAACAAACCUCUCAAGCAUGACGAUGUCGUUAUCGUCCCGGAAUUGUUUGGUGCCCAGGAAAAUUGGGAUAUGUACUACAACCUUGUCGAGGAAAUGACGGCAAAGCAAGAGUGGGUUUCGUGGCACGAAGGAUUGCAUCUGAUAGUUAAGAAGCCGGAGCAAUCUCCGUUGUUCAACAACAUUGUCGAUCGUUUGUGUACGUAUUUUAAGAUACGCAAACAAUCCAUCGGAUACCGCUUCAAUUGGUACAAGGAUAGCUCGGAUUGGAAAGCCUUCCAUCACGAUUCAGCAGCUUUCAACCCGCAGAGGGCGAAAAAUCAAAACAUCACUAUCGGGGUUUCCUUUGGCGCUACGCGAGAGUUAGCCUUUGUCCGGGCGACCGAUAUACCAGAGGCCAAGGUGCGUGUCUACUUCCCGCAAACGAACAACGGUGUUUUCACUUUUGGUCGCGACGUUAACAUUUUGUGGAAACACGGCAUCAAUGCCUUGGCACCCGAAGAGCAAGACGGCAAGGGUCGAAUCAGCAUUAUUCUUUGGGGUCUGGCACAGGAUGUAAUCGAAGAGACCGGAUCUCCACCUCUCUUGGGUUCGGACGGCCAAGGUCCUCAUGCGCAGCAACUCGGCGGUAAACGACAUUACCAGGGCAACAACAGCAGAAAUCAUGACCAUCGCGGAGAGUCUACAAAGAAACAUCGAAACUGA